CCUGACAUGGCACUGCGGUUUGGUUGGUUAUCUUGUGCAUGCUUAAUAAAUAAAAAGAUAAAAGCAAACAAUACCCAGCUUGAGAUCUGCAGUUCAGUUCGUCAGCUCGACACAGCCGCCGCCGUUCCCGCCAAAAGCUUUUAGUCAGACGUGUGGAAACGAGCUGGUACAAAACAAGAGGUGAUAGUUGCACCAUAGAAGGGCGAAAUGGAAUCCCUUAGCACGGGAGUAAUUGCUGAUAUUGUGAAUGGAGGACAUCCAGAAAAACCUGUUGUCCAGAUUUUGACAAUGAAACGGAUCCCCAGUGGUUCUCAAGAGCGGUGGCGUCUGCUCCUUUCUGAUGGGAAGUGGUCCAGCAGUUUUGCCAUGUUGGCCACCCAACUCAACCCAAAAGUAGAUUCGGGUGACAUCACAAACAACUGCAUUAUCCGUAUGGAUAGAUAUGUGUGCAACACUGUGCAGGAGAAUAAGAAGGUUUUGAUUAUUCUUGAUCUCAGUGUAACAAUGACAGGUGCAGAAGUUGGAAAGAAACUAGGGUCUCCUGUCAACUAUGAUUCCAAUAAGAGUGCAGCCCAGCAACAGGAACAACCGCAGCAACACUACAAAGCUCCAGCAUCCAAAGUUGCACCAAAUAUGGCAUCUGCAGGUGGAAAUGUACCGCGCAUUCCUCUUGCCCAACAUAAUGUACCUGCUCGGGCAUCAUGUGUGACAAAGACUCCAUCUGGUGGCAAUGUUCAUCCUAUUGAAUCCCUCACCCCAUACCAAAAUCGGUGGACAGUCUGUGCUCGUGUCACCAAUAAGUCUGCCAUCCGUACGUGGUCUAACUCAAGGGGAGAAGGAAAGCUCUUUUCAAUGGAUCUUCUAGAUGAGACUGGAGAGAUUCGGGCCACUGCCUUCAAUAAUGAAGUAGACAAAUUUUAUGAUAUGAUAGAGAUUGAUAAAGUGUACUUCAUCUCGUCUGCCACCCUCAAGACCGCGAAUAAACAGUAUAGCAACCUCAACAAUGAUUAUGAAAUGUCAUUCAAUAGAACAACAGAAGUUACACCAUGUCAUGAAGAAACCGCUAUCCCAACAAUGCAGUUCAACUUUACAUCCUUAGAUCAGCUGGAAUCUCUGACAAAGGAUACCAUCUUGGAUGUUAUUGGGGUUUGUAAGGAGACAUAUGAUCUGUCUCAUGUUGUCAUGAAAUCAACAGGCAAGGAGCUAACUAAAAGAGAUAUUCAAAUAGUUGAUCAAACUUUACGAGAGGUUCGGCUUACAUUAUGGGGAACUCAAGCAGAGAUAUUUGAUGGAUCACAGCAACCGGUUGUGGCAGUGAAAGGAGUCAAGCUGUCAGACUUCAAUGGCCGCUCUCUGUCAGUUCUUGGUUCAUCCUGUGUACAGAUAAAUCCUGAUAUUCAAGAGGCUCAUUUGUUGAAGGGAUGGUUUGAUAAUGGUGGUAGCACAAAAGAGACUGUCAAUCUUUCAGGAAGAAGUGGUCAAGCUGGCAAUAUGGGUGGCACCUUCAAGCUGUUCGUUGAAGCUAAGCAGAACACCGGAACUGACCAACCAGAAUACUGUUGUAUCAAGGGAUGUGUUGUGAUGGUUAGAAAAGAAUCUGGCAUGUACCAGGCCUGCCCUAAAGAAGGAUGCAAUAAGAAGGUUGUGGAUCAGGGAAAUCAAACAUACAGAUGUGAGAAAUGUGACUAUACACAUGACACAUUUCAGUGGCGUAUCAUGCUUCAAGUAUGUGUGGCUGACAUUUCAGACAGCCAGUGGGUUAGCGUUUUUCAGGAUCAGGCAGAACAAAUGCUUAAUGUAAAUGCAAGUGAGCUGGGUGCCUUGAAAGACACAAACAAAGAUGAAUAUGAUAAAAUAAUGGACAGCAUCCUCUUUAAGAACUUCAACUUGAAAUUGAGGUGCAAAAUAGAGGUAUACAAUGGAGAAAGCAAAUGGAAAGCUACAGUUAUGAAUCUCAGUGCUGUGGACCCUCGAGAGCAUAGCCGGCGAUUGAUCACGGAGAUCAAACAGUUAACUGGGAAAGCCUGAGGAUCAGACAGUUAAAGGGCAAGCUUUAUGUAAAUCUUUUCAGCUUCAGCCUAAAUUCAGAAUUUUCUUCUUUUAUGUUAUUGCAUUAAUGUCUUUAUUAUUAUUAUUCUACAAUUUUUUUCUUUGUCAUUUUUAAUAGUAAGCAAUAGAGUAAUAAAAACAAAAUUCAAAACCUA